AUGCACGUCUCCACAAUCUCCAAAUUCUCCCUUGCGCUCCUCACGACUCUCUUUCCCUUCACCACCACCGCCGACCUCCUCACACCCUUCGGCACGAACGCUAGCCCCGGUGCCCUCCAAUUUCAGCCCGUCCUCGACUUCGACAAAGAUGGCUGCUACCAUACUGCCGCGAUCUCCACCGACGGUUCUGUGAACUCCGGCCGCACGGACAACAGUAUCGGUCCGUGCCGUGACAAGGACCGCCUCGACCACAGCCAGACUUACGUGCGGGAGCGCUGCAACCACGGCUGGUGCGCCUAUCUAUAUGGGUACUACUUCGAGGUCGACGUCGGGGAAUUUGCAGGCGGCCACACGCACGACUGGGAGCAUAUCAUAGUUUGGACGCUGAACGGCAAUGUGUUCUUUGUCUCGUGGUCUGCGCACGGCGAUUACACAACUGAGCACCAAAGCGUUGUGCGCUUCGCCGACGGGACGCAUCCGAAAAUCGUGUACCAUCGGGGCGGCGGGCUGUCACACUCUUUCCGGAAAGCGACGCCCGAAGAUGAGGCAAUCGAAAACGACUAUAAGAGUUGGUUCAAGGCACCGCUGGUGAGCCUCGAAAAGAUGGAUUGCGGUUUUGUGCGGAAGUUGUUGAACAAUAAUUGGGGCAGUGCGCAUCCGGACUUGACUAAGGAUCGAUUUGGAAAGACGUUGGAUGUGGCGAUGCCUUGGGAUGCGAGGAAUAAUGAGCAUUUUGAUCCUUGGAAUUAG